AUGGCUACCAUAGCCGAAGCGGUGAACCGCUUGGUUCUACUUCGCUCAUCCGAUCAAGGCACUCCUCUUGAACAAUGUGAAGAAUCUACUAAUGAGUAUAGUGAAGAGGAGAACAUGGAGCCACAAGGGAAAGAAGAAGGAUUAGAGCAUGACAUACAACAAGAGGAAGAAAAGGAAGUAUGUGAACCGGAGGAGAAUAAGGAGGAAUUGGGGGAGAUUGAUCAAGAUGAGGAUUCCAUCAUUGAUGAUUUUUUGUCCUCCUUGGUCAAUCCCCUUAAUGAUCCUAAUGAGCCUCUUCCCAUUGAGUUUGAGAGAGAUAUGGAGGUAGACUUCUCACAACCUCCAUGUUAUGACUUGAGUGAUGGGGAAUAG